AUGAAAAAAUUUUCCUUAUUUAUACUUUUUGCACACUUUUCUUUUAAUGCAUUCCCUGAAAUUCCCAGGUCUUUCAUUGUUCAGUAUAGGUGUUAUUCAGUUUCUAUGCUACCUGGGAAUGAUAGAGAAGAUGUGGAAAGAGGAGGAAAAAUUAUAAUGCCUCCUUCAGCCUUAGAUGCACUCACCAAACUUAAUAUAAUUUAUCCAAUGUUGUUUAAGUUGACAAAUAAAAAAAUGUCUAGAGUAACACAUAGUGGAGUGUUGGAAUUUGUGGCUGAUGAAGAUAGAGUUUAUUUGCCCUAUUGGAUGAUGAGGAAUUUAUUGCUGGAGGAAGGUGAUUUAAUACACAUAGAAAAUGUUACAUUACCAGUUGCAACAUUUUCAAGAUUUCAGCCUCAAACAGAAGACUUUUUAGAUAUAAGUAAUCCUAAAGCUGUUUUAGAAAAUUGUUUAAGAUCAUUUGCUUGUUUAACUACUGGUGACAUUAUAGCUAUAAAAUAUAAUUCAAAAGUUUAUGAAUUAUGUGUGUUAGAAACAAAACCAGGAGAGGCAGUCACUAUAAUUGAAUGUGAUAUGAAUGUUGAUUUUGCUCCUCCAGUUGGUUACAAAGAGCCAAAUCAAUUGGAAAGCGAACCAGAAAAAAUGGCUGUUGAUGAGGAAAUGUUUGCACCUGAAUCAUGCGGUUUUGUUGCCUUUAAAGGUGCAGGUAAUCGUUUAGAUGGGAAAAAAAGAAAAGAUGCUGUAGCUCAAGAAACUUCAACUGUAAAAACAACUUAUUCUAGAGGGAUUCCAGAUUACAAUUACAAAGUUGGAACACUUAAAUUUAUUAGAAAUUCUAAACCGCCACAAAGUAUUAAAGAAAAUCAAGACCCAAAUGAAGAUUUCAAAGCAUUUACAGGUGCUGGAUUUUCUUUAAAACAAUCAUUUGAUAAAGAGAAGGGUGGAAAAUAA